UAAGGUUAGGUUUAAUAUACCAUUUUAAGAAGAUCAUGUGUAGAAAUAGGCGGGGUUUAUGACUUAGUGCUUUUGGUAACUAGGGACGACCGUUGAAAACAUGCUGGGGUUAGCUAGUUAAACAAAGUAAACAGCGUGUUGGCUAACAUACAACGAAUUCGUGCCUAGUUACUCCACAAAAAAACAUAUAUUAAGGAGAUGUAAAAAUAUAUCUACAGUAAUAGAAGGCACCACAGUAGAUUAGAUGGAGGUGCUGUGUUUCCGGUUGCCAGGUCACGGUGACGCCACGUUAAAGAGCAUGAACUCUCUGAGGUCCAGGCAGCAGUUCUGUGACAUCACCAUCGUGGCCAGCGGCAGGCAGACAUUCCGGGGACACAAAGUGGUCCUGGCUGCCUGCUCCCCCUUCCUCAGGGACCAAUUCCUGCUUAACCCUUCCUCUGAACUGCAGGUGUCAGUCCUUCACAGCUCCUCUGUGGUAUGUGAGCUGCUCCAGUCCUGCUACACCGGUGUGCUGCAGUUCAGCCCCAAGGAGAUAGUGAAUUACCUGACGGCCGCUAGCUACCUGCAGAUGGAGCAUGUUGUGGAGAAGUGCCGGGGAGCCCUGGGCAAGUACAUGCAGCCAAGGAACCCCAGCUCACCAAAGAUCAAGUCAGAAGAGAGUCACUCGAUGCCAGUGACAGUCAGUGGCAGCAGUCAAUCCCUUAUGUCGACCUCUACUGAUCAUUCCCCCUCAGUGCAGCCUCACAGCCCUGUACAGUCUCAGGUUGAUGAACAUACAUUCUUGUACACUAAGACAGAUAUACGUCACGAUGACGAACAUAACACUCUGGAUGAGAUCAAGGUGAGGGCAACAGAGGAGGAUGAGUGCAGGGAAGAUUAUGACAUGAUCCGGAUGUGCAUGGAGGGUUUGGAGGAGCUGGAAGAGAGGCAAGAGGUAGAGGAGGGCGGUGAAGAAGCCACAGAGGGCCAUCAGGGGGGCCAGUAUCCCAAUACGGACUGUGUCAUAGUGGGAGGUGGCGAGGGGGACCAAAGGAAUAGAAGACAGACUUUAAAGAGAACAGUUGCAAUGGAGACCCACCUAUCAGCCAACACAACACAUUACUUCGUGAUUAAUUAUCAAGGCACCACAGUAGCUAAGAUGGAGGUGCUGUGUUUCCGGUUGCCAGGUCACGGUGACGCCACGCUAAAGAGCAUGAACUCUCUGAGGUCCAGGCAGCAGUUCUGUGACAUCACCAUCGUGGCCAGCGGCAGGCAGACAUUCCGGGGACACAAAGUGGUCCUGGCUGCCUGCUCCCCCUUCCUCAGGGACCAAUUCCUGCUUAACCCUUCCUCUGAACUGCAGGUGUCAGUCCUUCACAGCUCCUCGGUGGUAUGUGAGCUGCUCCAGUCCUGCUACACCGGUGUGCUGCAGUUCAGCCCCAAGGAGAUAGUGAAUUACCUGACGGCCGCUAGCUACCUGCAGAUGGAGCAUGUUGUGGAGAAGUGCCGGGGAGCCCUGGGCAAGUACAUGCAGCCAAGGAACCCCAGCUCACCAAAGAUCAAGUCAGAAGAGAGUCACUCGAUGCCAGUGACAGUCAGUGGCAGCAGUCAAUCCCUUAUGUCGACCUCUACUGAUCAUUCCCCCUCAGUGCAGCCUCACAGCCCUGUACAGUCUCAGGUUGAUGACCAUACAGACUCGCACACUAAGACAGAUAUACGUCACGAUGACGAACAUAACACUCUGGAUGAGAUCAAGGUGAGGGUAACAGAGGAGGAUGUUUGCAGGGAAGAUUAUGACAUGAUCCGGAUGUGCAUGGAGGGUGAGCAGGAGCUGGAAGAGAGGCGAGAGGUAGAGGAGGGUGGUGAAGAAGCCACAGAGGGCCAUCAGGGGGGCCAGUAUCCAGAUACGGACAGUGUCAUAGUGGGAGGGGACGACGUGACCCCAGCCGAAAUGGCUAUCCGCAUCAGCAGCUUCGAUAGGGAAGGGCUCCGCGCCUGGAGGCGGCGACUCACCGACUCACCGAAAGUGGGCCGGGGGAGGGGCUUCAAGAGGAAGCGUGGCUCGUACCAUGAGAGGGAGAGGAGACCUCUAGGUAUGCAGUACCAGGAGGCGUGGCGUAUGCCCACUGGGGCAGAGAUGAUGCAGAGCUUCGGCCUGGACUUCAGCCAGGAAGCCACGAGGUCAGCGUUCCCCUCGGGGAGCGAGCUCCCACGGCUAGACUACGGGAUGGGGGACUCUCAGGGAGAGGAGCUGGUUCCUCGGGAUGGGAAUGGGCCGGUCCGCUACAGCCUGGACGACCCCAGUGGUGAUGGAGGGGAGGGUAAUAUGGAAAUGUCGGCUGUGCCAACAGGUGGUGAUGAGGCAGGGGAUGAGUCUGUCGCAGUGGUAGGCUCCACCUCCAGCACAGCGGGGCCGGUGGCUUGCGAGCAAUGCGGCUUGACCUUCCCCUCUGCCCACUACCUGGCCGUCCACUCGCGCGCCACCCACUUGCUGUACGUGUGCCCCUGCUGCGGCAAGCACUUCAACCACUCCAGCAACCUCAACCGCCACAUGACUGUGCACCGCGGUGCCAAAGUCCACCGCUGCCAGCUCUGUGACAAGACAUUCACGCAGAAGUCCACGCUGUGCGAUCACAUGAACCUGCACAGCGGCGAGCGGCCCCACUGCUGCGCCUACUGCCACUCACGCUUCGCCCACAAGCCGGCACUGCGGCGCCAUCUCAAAGAGCAGCACGGGAAGACGACCGCUCAGAACAGCCUGGAGGCACAGGCCGAGAUGGAGAGAGUGGCAGGGGAAGGAGAGGGAGACACUCAGGACAGAUUUGACUUUUGACAAGGACACUGUCCAAAGUGUACUCUCAUUGACUAAGCAUUACAGGUUGCGGUUGGAGGUUAAAGAGGGGUUAUUCAAGCAGGCGUGCCUUUUGCCCUAAUGGCCAAAGAGUGGUUUUGAGUGUGCCUUCAGACUUGAGGGUUGGAAAAGGGGGAAACUGUCCUACACGGCUGUGGUUCUGAAGGACUGAAGUUGUGUAAACCUCAGUUUUCGAUCUGUCUCAUUUGUAACUCACUGGCUGACCAAUAAAAUAUUUGAAUUUGUGUA